AGGUGCGAAAAAUGGCAGUGACCGUGGACCAAGGUCGGAAUCAGGGGCAGCGGAUGAGGAGGUCGGACGCGAGGACUACGGUGGGGAGGAAACGGGCUCCCAGGCGUCGCAGGCUAGCGUGGCCGGAGGAGGGAACCAGGGGCAAGGCGGACAGGGCAAUGGAGGCCGAGGCCAAGGGGGUCGAGGAGGCGGCGGCCGAGGCAGAGGAAGAAAUGGCGGGGGUCGCGGAGGUGGAUGGAAUGGCCAAGGAGGCCAGGACCAAGGUGGCCAAGGCGGCCAAGAAGGGGACCAAGGGUAUGGAAGGCCUCGCUUCGAUUGGCGGAAUGCCACCUGCUGGCAUUGUGGCUACCAAGGCCACACUAUACGAUUCUGUCAAGUGCGGCGGGAUGACGAGCUCUCCGGGUCAGGAAGAUGAGAGGGAGUCGGUCAUAGUCAUCUUGGGGAAAAUGGAGGAUCUGCUGGGAAAGAUGGGUAGAUACCAGCAGAAGCUGCAAGAUUUGUGCGAUGAGACCCGGGAGUGGGAGGCCGAUCUUCCCGGAGUCUUCCUCUAUGACUCCGGACCCGAACCUUCGUCAGGGCAACAAGGGUACCCAAGAGUUGCGACCCUGAUAAACUUGAAGGAUAUCCUGGCAUCAACACCAAGGCUCCGUGACGGAUUGAAGGGGCGGCUCUCGCGAAGCAUAGUGCCCAACGUCCACCUAAGUACGAUCCUGCCAAGAGAGGUAGAAUGGACUGAGGCAGGGACGAGGAUGGAUUGGAAGUGUGUGGCUUGUGGCCAGGUGGAUUUGGUGGUGAAGAAUCAGAAGUGUACCGGGAUGGUGGACAUGGGCGCCGAAAUGAACAUCAUCAGGGAAAGGGAGGCGAUGAUGUUGGGGAAGGAGAUUGACCGUUCGGACCAUGGUAUGCUGCAUGGCGCCAACUGCAAAGCGGCUUUUUGUGGUACAACAUUCAAUGUGAUUAUAGAAAUCGGGAAGGAUUUACAGCGGCUGAAUGCCGUGAUAGUGCGGGAUGCAGGGGGAUUGUCAAACGCGGAUGCACUGUCAGAGUCAUGCGCAGGGAGGCCUAUAAUUUCGCUUAUAGACCUCUACUUUGGGUAUGACCAAUUCCCUGUAUACCCGCCAGACAGACCUGUGACGACGAUGCACACACCUAGAGGGCUAAUUCAUAUGAAUGUAGCCCCUCAAGGCUGGACGAAUGUAGUGGCAAUGAUGCAAAAGCAUAUGAUUAGAGUCAUGCAGACGGUCAACUCACACAUCACCCAACCCUAUAUUGACGACUUGGCGGUCAAAGGUCCAAAGGAAAGAGAAGAAGAUGAAGUGAUGCCUGGGGUAAGACGGUUUGUUUGGAAACAUGUCCAAGACCUUGAUCAGGUCCUGAGCUUGCCGGAAGAGUACAACCUUACAGCAAGUGGCCCGAAGUCCAAGCAUUGUAUGAGGGAGGUGACCAUCCUAUGUUUUGUCUGUAAUGAGAAUGGCCGGAGGCCUGAUGUGAAGAAGACAGACAAAAUCGUGGAGUGGCCAGUACCCUUCCGCUCAAUAACGGACGUAAGGAGCUUCCUCGGUACUUGUGGGUUUUGGAGGAGUUUUGUGAAGAAUUUUGCUGCCAAGACGGAGCACUUAAGGAAACUGGUACGUCAGGACCAGGAAUGGGUCUGGGGUGGAGAUCAGGAGGAGGCUGUGGAGCAGAUGAAGACAGAGUUUAAAGAAGGAGGUCUGGUGUUGGGGGCGCCUAAUUAUGAGGUCACUGAGGAGAAGUCAUUCAUCAUUGAGAUGGACGUGGGACCUACUGUCUUGGGAGGAGUUCUGAUCCAGGCGGAUGUCAGGGGGAAGGAGAGGCCGCUGAGAUUUGAGAGUUGGACUCUUAAUACGACUGAGAGGAACUACUCCCAGUUUAAAAACGAGACGUUGGUGGUACUCUACUGCCUGAGGAUCUUCCGGAACUAUGUCUUUGGCAGAAGGUUCAUAUUAAGGGUGGACCCCACGACAUUCGGCUGUUCCCUGAAGAACUAUACUCCAUCUCACUUAACCGUCGCAAGAUGGUUGACGUACAUUUGGAUGUUUAACUUCGAGCUGGAGAUAAUUUCACGGGACAAGAACAGGGCGGAUGGGCUGAGCCGCAUCAGCUGGGAUGAAACGGAUCAAGAGUCGGUAGAAGAUACUCCACCAGUUGAUGGGUUCUUGGACCAAGAAGAAGAGGUCCGCCUCCAUAUAAACGAAUGGUCAUUGCGGGUACCCAGUUGCGUUGGCCACCCCAUAUGGCUAGCGCCUAAGGGGUACGAGCAAAAGAAGGAGCUGGUCCUCAAGCCCUUCCAGGAGGAGGAUCCGCGGGGAGGUAGAGAUGUCCAUUGGAUGAUAAAGCUGGCGUUGGCAGACACACACAGCUUGGCGGAGGAAGUGAGGACGAUAGUAGAGGAAGACCCAACUCAGGUAGAGGAGCAUGAACAUCUUAUGGAGAGUGAGGACGUCAUUCCUGAAAGCCGGGAUGAUGAGUUCGAGGAAGGAGAGAUCAAGAAAGUCUUUCGUGCAGAAGAGUAUGAUGGGAUCUACAUGGAGCUAGGGCUACUCCUGUCCAGUGAGAUGAGGGAUAGAGACGCAAGUGCCAGAGCGCAGAAGAUGAGGCACCUCUACGUAGUAAGAGACGACCAUCUGUUGAUAAAGCGGCAGGUCAGGAAUCGUAAAAGGAUUGUAUGUGGGAGGAACCAGCAGAUCGACAUUAUAGCAGCCCUAUACGAUGGUGUAGCAGGGGGGCACAGAGGGAUAGGUGCCACGUGCGCAAAGAUAAGCGAAUUGUACCAUUGGGAUGGGAUGCUGACUAUGGUCAUUAAUUACUGCCAGUCUUGUGUGCCUUGCCAGGAGAGGUCGGCACCAAGGCCAGGGGAGCCUCUACACCUGAGGCUGGAGAGGGAAGUGGGUGCGGUUGUACACCUGGACCUGCUUUUCAUGUCAGCUGGGGAGAAUGGAUGCAACUACAUCUUUGAUGCACGAGAUAACCUUACUGGAUUUGUGGAUGGUCGGGCUAUCCGCACAAAGACUGGCCCAGUUUUGGCAAAUUGCAUCGAGGAGUAUUACCUGCGUUACCCUUUUGUCAAGGAGUUCGUGAUGGAUCGAGGAUCGGAGUUCACCUGUAACGAGGUACGGACCUUGCUUGCAGGGCCAUUUGGGAGAGAGUCCAUGCCUGUCUUCGACGAUGAUAACGUGGAGCUCUUCCUGGACGCCUACCAAGCUCAUGCGGCACGAGAGGGAUGGUCUACUUUGGAGAGGAUACGACAUCUGAGGGGGGUUGGGCGUUUCGAGGAGUCUAUCGUGCAUAUCCGGGGGGAGGCUCUGACCUGGCAGGACGUGGAGGCGAGGAUGCAGAGGCUGAGGGCUUCGCCGCUGGGACGUGAUUGUUUGCCUAUUCGACUGAAAGAAGGCAAUGCGGAGGAGUUCAUCCUGGCCUACGAGCCGUAUAUGCGCGAUCAGGGGACUGGGCAAGAGGAGCGGGUGCAGACGUUGCCCCUCUGGACGCGAAGGGCAGAGAGGCCGUUGGCGAGACAGAUUCGGGACAGGGCACACGAUUGGGAGGACUGCCAGGCUCAACUGAGACAGGCGUUUCGACGGCCAGAGCCCGAGAGAUCAGAGCCCAGGGUGGAAAGACGGCAGAGUAAGAGGCUACGAGACCCAGAGAUGAGGGAGGCGCAGGCGACCAGGAGAGGCCGAAAGGCCUUGGCAUACCGAGAGGGGCCAGUGGAGCCAGUUCAUGCGGCGGAGCCGGUCCAGGCAACGGGGCCAGCUCAGGUAGCGGAGCUACCCCCUACCCAUGGGCUAGAGCAAGUGGAGUUCCGCCGGAUCACGGACAGUGACCUACAGGGCCCAUCGUCGACAUUGCCAGAAGAGAGGGAGGUUGUACCGUUGAGGACGCCGCUCGACAGUCUGGAGGCCCAUCUCGAUGCGUCCCAAUGGGGGACUUCGCAGCUAGGGAUAGACCCAGGCGAGCCAGCACGAUACGAGCCUGCAGAAGAGCCACUAGACCCUGAGCCGGAGGCCGAGCCGCACGAGCCAGGGGAGCUGCGGACCGAGGGGGUUAUUACCGUUGGGGACGAUACCCCUCCUCCCACCCCAAUCCCGGAGCAGGUACGGCAGUACUGGCCUGAGGGAAUUCCUGAGCCAGAUAGCGAGGAGAUUCCAGUACCGCCAUUGAAAACUAUUACGCCGCCUCCGAAGCAGGCAGAGCCAGAGGAGCGAGAGGGGAGCGAGAGGUCGAGGACACACACGACUGUGACACCACAGCUGACCGAGCAUGCGGCUGAGCAUUGGGAUGCUGAGAUGCCGACACCGCCAGAGUUGCUGCCUGCAGGAGGAGGAGUGAAUGCGGGAGUUCCACUACGAGAGGCCCCCGCAAGACGCGAGUAGAGAGGCCACCAAGGGAGACGGCUGAGGAGAAGUUCGCGAGAGUGCUGGUGCGCCUCGGGGAGAUAUACGAAAGAAAAGUUAGGAUGGAGGCCGCAGGGAAGGUGCCGACGCCGGCAAUCGACCCCG